AUGAGGAUAACCUCACUCUCCUCGGCAGCUAUUCUACUGGCUAUUGGAAGCCAACUGGUCCAAACAUGCCAGGACCAUGGACAAAGUGGUGAUAACAAGCAAUGGACAAUAAAACCCGAAGAGCUAGCCGAACUGAAAGAGCUGGAAAGAAAAUGGGGGACGGAUUGGUCAUUCUCAGGCAUAAACACCUUCGCCCACCUCAAGCACGUCAAGUGUCUGACUACACCUAGCGAGAAGUUCGAUAUUGGGAUUAUUGGAGCGCCGUUUGAUACGGCGACUUCUUAUCGGCCUGGCGCCCGCUUCGGCCCCCGCGCCAUCCGCCAAGCAUCAAGCAGACAAACCUCCUUCCGCGGCUUCAACCCCCGCGCAGGCAUCAACCCGUACGCGAGCUGGGCGACCAUCAUUGAUUGUGGUGAUAUUCCUAUCACGCCGUUUGAUAAUGCUGUGGCGCUGGAGCAGAUGACUGAGGCUUUUUUGGAGCUUGGGUCGAGAAGUCCGCAGACUUCGAAGGGGAAACCAAAGUUGAUUACUCUCGGCGGUGAUCACAGCUUGGCGCUGCCGGCGUUGAGAGCGUUGAAGAAGGUAUAUGGGAGGGAGGUGAGGGUUGUGCAUUUUGAUGCCCACCUCGACACCUGGCACCCAGCCAAAUACCCUUCCGCCUGGCCCUCCACGCAGUCCCACUUCAACCACGGCUCCAUGUUCUGGCUCGCCGGGCAGGAAGGUCUCCUGUCCAACAGUUCUUCCGCCUCUAACAUCCACGCCGGCCUCCGCACCCGCCUCUCCGGCACCGACCCCUCCGAUUUCGUCGACGACUCCUCGCAGAACUGGCUGCGCAUCUCAGCAGACGACAUCGACGACCUCGGCGGUCCCGCAGGCGUCAUAGCUGCCAUCAUGGAUCAGUUUGAUCUGAACGACCCCGAUCCGGACCCGGUGUAUUUGAGUAUCGACAUUGAUGUGCUUGAUCCGGCUUUCGCUCCGGGCACGGGCACGCCGGAGCCGGGAGGUUGGACGACUAGGGAGUUGAUAAGGAUACUGAGAGGGUUGGUGGAUGUGCUGAAUGUGGUGGGUGCCGAUGUGGUGGAGGUUAGUCCGGCGUAUCAAGGGAGAGGGGAGGAGACGGCGUUGGCGGCUGCGCAGGUUGUUUAUGAGGUUUUGACGGGGAUGGUUAAGAGGGGAUUGAGAGAUGGGGAGACUGAGGAGACUCGGGAGAGGGCUGAGGAUGGUAAGGCUGGUGAGGGUCAUGAUGAGCUUUGA